AUCUCUCUCUAUCUGCGGUUCUGAUGUUUCCUCUUGCUCGACUAUGGAUGAAUUCCUCUUCUUUCUUUAUGAAGAUUUUUUUUUUCUGAUAAUUAUCUUCUUGAGCGUGCAAAUCUCUAAUUCCACUUCUCGAGUGUUUUUUUUGCUGGGUUUAGAUGGCUAGAUAUCUGAUUUAGAGGAUUUUGGGCUUCUCUUUGUGGGUUUUUAUCUUUGAUUUUUCGUCUCUUGGCUUUUCUUUGCUGUUAGUUUGUUCCGGUGAGCUGAUUCUGCGGGCGUUUGCGAUGUUUAUUAUUAUUUUUUACAAUAAUUUCUUUAUAGGUGGGAAAACUUACUGGGUCUUAGAUCUGUAGGAACUUUUGUUGUUCCUGCCGUUUUUAUCGCAAUCUCCUUGAUUUUUUCUCGCUUUUGUCUAUGGAAUUACGUUGAUAUGGUCUAGAACUCCGCUUCUUAGCUUGGAUCCCGUUCGAAACAUGGCGUUCCUCUGCGUAUCCCAAACAAACGGUGAAGAUGAAUCGAUGCGGUCUUCAGAGCGCCUUCGCAUCCUGUGACGAGAGGAGCCCCUUCUCCUUCUCCGAUCGUAAGGAUCCCGUCGUUUGCCCGAAGCCUCGCAGACUCGGUCUCUUGAAUCAUGCCAUCAAUGACUCAAUCAGACCUUUGAGAUGGCAGCCCAGCAGUCAACCGGAGUUUUGCGAGUCGAAGGCUGGGACUGAGCUCCUAGAUAUCAUACUUACAAAGGGUUGUUAUGGUGCAGAUCAAUCGGUGACCCAGGUGGCCUCAUCACCCCCGUUUUUCUGUGGGUCUCCACCAAGCCGGGCAGCUAACCCACUAAUCCAAGACGCCCGUUUUGGGGAUGACAAGUUCACCUCGGUAGCACCGGUUCCUGUCCCAGUCCCAGUCCCAGUUCCGUCGGGUCUCUCGUCGUCCCCGUCCUCUUCCACCCGUAAGGGAGGAUGUGUUCGGUCAACGUUCGGGAACAAGCCGGCGGUGAGAAUAGAGGGUUUCGACUGCCUCGACAGGGAUAGGCGAAACUGCAGCAUCCCAGCCGUUGCUUAGAGACCCUCUCGACGUUUCAGUACAUAGAAGAAGAGAAAGGAAAAACCAGUACACAUCAACUACUUUGCUUUUUAUUUUUUUCAAGGCAGUGAAGAGGAUCUAAUCGGAAUUUUCAAGGAGAGACGGACAGAGACGGAGACAGAGAUGUGCGGGGAGGGAAAUUCUGUUAUUACUGUAAAUAUGUUUUCCUCGAUCAAUCUUCAUUCUUAGGAUGAUGAUGAUAAAUCUCUUUAUGUAAAGAGGAAGGAUGUAUGUAUGUAGAUGUGGAUCAAACAACAAAUAAAGAAGAGUAGAGAGGAAUGCAAAAAACAAACCCUUCUCUUCCUUCUUGUUGUUACUCUGUUAAUUUGAAGUAGGUUUAGAUUGGAAAUGAAGAUUGCGAGAGGUUAGGGGUUUUCUUGGGGGUGAGUGGUGAGAGGAUCGAGUGAGCUAUGAUGAUCAUCUGUGUAUCUGCGUCUUUCUUGCUUUGUGUAAAAUGUUUCAAGGAGAGGAGGAAGAUGAGGAGUCGUUACUCUUGAUCUUUGUUUGCGGUGUCGAGAGAAGAAUCUUUGUAAAGGAAAAUCUUAAUUAUCGAGUCUGAAGUGUCAUUUUUACUACCCAUGUAAAUAUAUUGCUUUUUUGGUGGUUAUUAUUGUCAUUUCACUA